AUGCUAAGCAGAAACAUAGGUAUAUCGACGCUUACCAAAAGAAUAAACGUCACCAGGGGGAUUGGAGGCUUGCGGGUGUAUGCCAGGCUCAAUAGCUCGACGUCUUCGCAAGUACCACCCCAGAGACCUCCCGUCACCGUGGAUAGAGAAUUUCCAGACCCUUUCAAAGCCAAAAAGCAAAAUAGAAGGUACUUUUUAGCAUACGGGUUAGGUGUAACGUUGGCAUGUGCCGUCAUCUUCAACUACGAAAAGACAACGUCUCCCAUCAUCAAUUCAGUAAUGUACUUCUUGAGAAGAUCGCAAAAUGCCAAGCAACUCUUGGGUGAAGACAUCGGCUUCAAGAACUCGUGGCCAUGGAUAUGGGGCACCCUAAACACCGUUAGAGGUGACAUUGACAUUGAAUUUGCUGUCCAAGGGUCCCAGAACACCGGAAAAUUGAAAUUGAAGGCUACUCGUGAAUCAAAGUUACAUCCCUUCGACAUCCACCAUUGGAUUUUACAAAUAAAUGAUGCCCAGAAAACCCAAAUCAACCUCCUUGAAGAUGCUUCUGUUGAAUUCGGUCUUUAA